AUGAACAAGGAAUCUAAAGAUGAUGAUAUGUCUUUGGGGAAGUUUUCCUUCUCCCACUUCCUAUACUACUUGGUGCUAAUAAUAGUAACAGUGUAUGGUUUGUACAAGCUUUUCACUGGACAUGGAUCCGACAUCAAUUUCGGGAAGUUCUUGUUAAGGACAUCCCCUUAUAUGUGGGCCAAUCUUGGUAUUGCCCUUUGCGUAGGCUUAAGUGUCGUGGGGGCAGCAUGGGGUAUUUUCAUUACUGGUUCAUCCAUGAUUGGUGCCGGUGUGCGUGCUCCAAGGAUUACCACCAAGAAUUUAAUUUCCAUUAUUUUCUGUGAAGUGGUUGCCAUUUACGGUCUGAUUAUUGCUAUUGUCUUUUCUUCGAAAUUGACUGUGGCUACUGCUGAAAACAUGUACUCAAAAUCAAAUCUGUACACUGGUUAUUCCCUUUUCUGGGCAGGUAUUACUGUCGGCGCUUCCAAUUUGAUUUGUGGUAUCGCUGUCGGUAUCACCGGUGCUACUGCUGCCAUUUCAGAUGCUGCUGAUUCUGCAUUGUUUGUCAAAAUCUUGGUCAUUGAAAUUUUCGGGUCCAUUUUAGGAUUAUUAGGUUUGAUUGUUGGUUUAUUGAUGGCUGGUAAAGCUUCUGAAUUUCAAUAA